GGCGUAGGUUGUCGUUAAUAGGUGUUUGUAGGGAUCAGGAUCCUCUGCCAUAAGGCAGAGUGCCUUGCGGCAUCCGACGGUAGGGAGGCGACGAGGAUGUCCUUGAGAUCGGCGAAGGGGUGGAUCCCAACAUCUUCAGCCGUCCAAUUCCCGAUCGAACGGCCCGGAAGAACGAGGCACCCUGUCUUGCUUUAAAGCAAGGCAGAGGCUCCGGAUCCUGUUUGUAGAUAUGUCCUGGGUUUGUUUUGUUUCAUCUUAGGUUUCGCGCGGUGAGUAGAGCAUCAUCAUCAUGUCUGGCGUGCCAUUCGCAGAUUGUGAGUGCGCCCUGGAAUUGGAGACAGAUGUAGUGGACGAUCCUCGAUCUAUGGUCAGGAUUUGUGUGACCCGGGAUUCUGGCUAUGUUAAGACAUGGUGGCGCUCUGUCAAACGCGGCCACGAAGAACUUCUGUACAGGAUCGAGGAAUACGCUGACAUGAGGGAUGCAGGUCUGGCGAAUAUUGACCUGGAGAAGAUGCUUGGCGGAGGAUCAGAAGAGGAGGAAGAAGAACUCGCCCAUUUAAUUACUGAUAAAGUUCUUUCUCCGGCCCUAGAGCCAGCUGUGUGCAGAGAUCAACUCAAAUUCCUCGUAGUGGAUACCAUCAUUCCUCGAGCUCGUAAAUUGCUCAGUGCUGAACUGCUUCUCAUCAACCACACUAAUAAAUGCUCAAGAUUAUUCUUGAUUUCCAUAUCCGUGAUUGUAAACUUGGACACAAUUUUAUUGGGGGGCGAUUUGUGCAAGAUAUUGAAACAAGCUGAGCAGCUGCAGGAUAAAUACAACCCGUCGUCUCAAAUGCCUCUGCCCAUUAUAGUGCCCCAUGGCUAUAAGUACCUAGAUUAUGGCGAAGAAGCAGACAGAUGCUCAAUUUGUUUGGAGCACUUUGAGGUGCCCUCCAAGUUGUUGUUGAUUCGCCUCCAAUGCCUGGAAGAGAUUCUUUACAACCCGGAGCAUUACCAGGAGAGGCCAGGGGCUGCAUUGCUGUUGCCAUGUAAGCACAUAUUCCACCCAAGUUGCAUCUUGAACUGGAUAUUGAAAAAAAGAACACCCCCUGUUGCUUCCUGCCCACAAUGCAGGUUUCUCAUCCCUCCCUUCACUCGCAUGCUUUCAAUUCUGCACAUGUUUCCUCUUAAAGUGACACCGGGUAUGGAGAUGGAGUUGGAUGUUGAUUAGGGGCAACUUCAUGUAUGUGUGUAUGUAUGUACUAGCCGUGUACGUGCGACUUGUGCCCAAUGCACUAUUAUGAGUUUAGUACAUGUGUUUAAGCCUUCAAGGAUGGUUAAUAGAAGAGUGGGGAAUUAAUUAGAAUCUGAUUCCUGUGAGAACCAAGUUGCUAAUUUGUUAGAUUAUAUUCUGUUUUCAUCACUGAUAGUUUCCUAUUACCAUUGAUAUGUAAAAAUAAAUGAAGUUGCAUCUACUUUAAACAAUUUAUUUCUUUUUGCUGCUUGUUGGUGUCUUCAUGGAUAUUUGAAUUGGUAUGUAUAGGAGAAUUCAAAAAGAAGUGGUAAAGUAUGUGCAAGCAGAAUAAAGAUCAUGUUAACAAGAAGGUUUAAUUUAAAGCAAAAAAAAACAAAGUAAACAAAGUAGCAUUUGGUUUUGAUGAAUGAUUUUUAGAUCUCAAUUCAUUACAAACCAUGGGUGUUGAAUGAAGUUUUUGUAUGAAUUUUGCAUGAACACCUAUACACUUGUAUCGCUAAUUUUAUACCCUAUUUCUAAAUCAUUUCAACAACUUUUGGAGAGAAUCAAUUUCUUAGGUGAAUGAGCUUUAAAGAAGAGUAUUUGGAAGAGAGAGCUCUGGCAAUUUGUGAAUGACAAUUAUCUCGUCUCCCUUGGCGGCCAAGCCGCUGCCGGAUGGUAACGUGUGGUCUGGCAAAUCAUAUGCAGAUGUGGUGGCGAAUUGAAAUUAAACGCCGCUGGCUCCUAAGGCCCCUACGAGAUUUAAGGGUAUGCUAGCUAUCGGUUUCCCAGAAAGUGGCACCCAGAUAUUAGCUAAUGCCAUAAACGUUCCCUACUUCCCUAGUUGGAUAUUUCUUCCGUGGUAGGCUUGCUAUGAAAGUGAUCCGAAAAUCUUUUGAAAUAAUUGGAAUUAAGGGCACUUUCCUGUUAGGUUUAUUGGAAAAAAAUCAUAUUUUGAUUGGAUUUGAGAUGGGGGAGGACUAUUUGUGUUGUUGGAACAGGCAGACAUGGUUGAUCAAUGGCAGAAUGAUGAGGGGUGACAAAAUGGUCACCAGACUUCCGGCCAAAUGUCGAGUCUCCUAUCAUCCCUGUUUGGUUGGCUUUUGAAGGAUUACCGAUUCAUUUACAUGACAAGCGUGUGUUGUUUGAUAUUGCCAUUCUAAUUGGUUCUCCGAUUAAGAUAGACUCGACUACCUCUAUGUUAUGACUUAUGACAACCAUCUAUUGCUCACAUCUGUGUAGAUUUGGAUUUAACAAAAGGAUAUGCCAUAGAAGAUGUGGAUCAACGGUGACUCCUAUGGUAUUUCCGAACAGGGUUACUAUGAAAAUAUACCUUUCUAUUGCUCUCAUUGCCUACACGUAGGGCAUACAGAGAAAAACUGUCCUAAGCAGCAGCUUGAGGCACAUUCUGAGCUUAAAGGAAAAUGGACAGUUAAAACUAAUGAUCCAGGUAAUCAGAUGCAGAAAAAUACUUUUAAGCAAAAGGGAAAGGAGAAAAUGCAUUGGGCAAUCGAGAAUAUCCCCUCUACAUCCAAGGCAAUAGAGGAUAUUCCCUCUAAGUCCAAGACCCCGGCUGCUAUGGUAAUUGCUGAUAAGAAUACUGAGGAGAUUUACAUGCCUGAACCAUCAAUAACAAAGGACACACAAAUAAGCAAGCAGCAGAUCAAUUUUUUUGCUCCAAAUUGAGAUUCCAGGCCUGCAACAGACCAAGCCAGAGGAUAUUUCAUCAAACAGGGAUGAUAGUCAUCUCUAGGUCCUCAAUUUCUUAAGCAUGUGUGUCCUUUGUUAACUUCUUGGAGACACGGAUUCCUAUAAUAUUUUAAGGGAUUGAGAAAAUCUAAAAACAUUAUAUCUAAAAACAUUAUAAUUGUGAAUAUAGGUUAAUAUCCUUGAUUUAUGUCAAUGCUUUUUAUGCCCACAAGCUUGUACGUUCUUGUUAAAAUAUAGUACUAAUUUUUCUUAAGGAC